UGUCCUCUAUAUGAGAAAAUUCUCAAUUUUUACCCAUACUUUUUUCCUAUCAUAUGCAUGUAUUCAGUCAACAAAUUUGCUUUCCUUUUUUAUUGUUCUAUUUUGAUUUACAAGUUUUGGAUUCUUUUGACUUCCAGGUUUCUAAGUUUUCAGAAGGAUUCUGAUGAUCGGGGUUGGAUUGUCUGGCAUGACUCUAAUGAAUCAAGACAGGGCAAACCAACAGGCUUCAUCUUUGAUUGGUAAAAUUUUUAGUGUGAAAGGGAGAAAUCAAAGAAAAGAGACUGAAGUUUCAUUUGGUUCCUCUGAAGGACAGUAUGAUUUGCCACUUCAACCUCUGCUUUCCAGAGGUGUAAGCACAAAAGUGCCUUGCGAGGAUCUGUCCUUCCGUGUUUUUGUUGCGACAUGGAAUGUAGGAGGCAAAUCUCCUGAUAGCAAACUUAAUCUGGAUGAUAUUCUUCAGGUCCGCGAAGAAUCAGACAUAUAUGUACUAGGUUUUCAGGAAAUUGUUCCAUUGAAUGCCGGAAAUGUGCUAGUUAUAGAAGACAAUGAGCCUGCAGGGAAAUGGCUUGCCUUAAUAAAUCAGUCACUGAACAAGGCAAAUAAUGUGCCUUUAAGAGGAUCAAGAUCCACUGCUGCUUCUGGGGGUUCACUGGUUUUCCAAAGGACUUCGCUUAGAAAGGCCAGUAAGCCUUUCAGGACAGAGAGUAAGAAGAGGCUGAAGAGUUGCAACUGCCCUACUGACUUGGAAAGGAAGAAUAGCAAAGAAUUCUGUUUCCGGUGCCCACAAUCACAAACAAAUGAGAACGAAUUUUCUUCAGAAGAGGAUGAAGAUGGACCUAGCAGCUUUGCAGUCACUACAAUAUCCGCUCCUUCUAGUACAAACCAGAUGAAAUAUGGCCUUGUAGCAAGUAAGCAAAUGGUUGGAAUUUUUGUUACUGUUUGGAUGAGGAAAGAGCUUGUGCAACAUGUAAGCCACAUGAGGAUCUCCUGCUUAGGUCGUGGAAUCCUUGGCUGCCUUGGAAACAAAGGGUGUAUUUCUGUGAGCAUGCUUUUCCACAAGACAAGCUUUUGUUUCAUAUGCAGUCAUUUGGCAUCAGGAGAGAAAGAAGGUGAUGAACUUCGGAGAAAUUUAGAUGUUGUAGAGAUACGUAGAAACACACAGUUUCCAAGGAUCUGCAAAACAUCUACUAGUAGGGUGCCCGAGAAAAUUCUUAAUCACGAUCGGGUCAUAUGGCUAGGGGAUUUGAAUUACAGAAUAUCUUUAAGCUACUCUGAUACCAGAAAGCUUCUAAAAGAGAAAGCCUGGGAUGCAUUAUAUAACAAAGAUCAGCUCAAGAUUGAAAUGGAAGCAGGAGUAUAAGGAUGGAAGGAAGGAAAAAUCUACUUUGCACCAACAUACAAAUACUCUCUUAACUCUGAUAUUUAUGCUGGAGAGACAGUAGAAACAAAAAGCAAAAGGAGAACGCCUGCUUGGUGUGACAGAAUACUAUGGCGUGGAAGCGAAAUAUAUCAGCUUUCUUAUGAACGGAAGGAGUCCCGGUUUUCAGAUCAUAGGCCUGUAUGUGCAACAUUUUGGGUGAGUGUUGGGGCAGUGGAGGAUGGAUCAAGGAAAAGAUGACCUUUGCUAAAUUUUGGAAAGACUAAAAUAGGGGUUUUACUUCAUAAACAACAAAUAAUUGCGGUAAAAUAACAAGUUUCAUGAGCAAAUAUUGGCAAUGAUUUUUUUUUUUUUUUGUUACCUCAAAUGUUAACUCAUUGGAAUUUGAUACCAUGAGUAGGAAUAACAAAUGUAACCCUAUUUGGAUAAAGAAAAAUCCAAAUCAAAAUAAACAAAUAUCUUGAGUUUGUUUAUGUAAUUCUUUUUUUUUUUUUUUAUGCUUUAAUCAGGAAGAAAAGCUUGAAGGAUAAGAUUCUUUUUAGAAUUUUGAAAAUGGCUACCUAUUUACACAU